GUGGAGGAGUCACUUGAAACAAGCGUAGUGAGGAAGGAGUCAUAGGCAGGCACGUUGUCAGGAUAAAAUCCAAUGGCCUGCACCAUUUCGUCGAACACCUCGCGCGCAACCCGCAGGUCGGCGGCGGCCUCGCUGCCCUCGAGGAGGAUGGCGUAGGAGUCGGCAUCCGGGCGCGUGCCAGCCUCGGCGCGGGCUACUGGGAUCGCGGCGCGAGCGUCGUCGAGGCGGUUGGCACGACACAGCGCGGAGAGGAGCGAGUUGAGCGCCGGCGUGUCGCGGGUCAUGCCGUAGCGGGGCAUGUCCAUGAACGCCUUGAGCGGGGAACCGCCGGGGGUCGCCGCCAGGGAGGAGAAUAUGGAGGCGAAAGUGGCGAGCGAGAGCAGCUGCUGCGACUGCAUAGAUUUGACUGUGUCCCACAUGGGCUCGAAGAGGCGAUUCUUACCGAGGAUGUCGACGAGGAGGUUCCACGAGUAGGGGGAGUGCUCGUGGCCGAGGUACCGGUAUCCCGCCCAGCGAAAGAAGGCGGCGGCGGCGCGCGGGUGCGCGUAGGAGAAGCGGAGCACCUGCUCGACGUCAGCGAUGCUUACGCGGAUGUCGGCCUUGUCGAGCUCGGCAUUCAGUUCCUCGUCGUCGGCGCGGGAGGCCAGGAUGUCGCAGAAGAUGCGGGUCUUGGGGGCCAUGUCGGGAGCUUCCUUGUUCGUGGGUAACGCCGGCGCGGGCGGGUCGCGGGCGCGCUUCGCCGCCGGCGAUGCCACAGUGGCUGCGCCGUCGGACGGCCGCUUCGCUCGGUGAUCGGACAUCGCGGCGGGGAGCUCGCGUGAUCGGUGGGAUUCAGGAGAGGUUGCAAGUCGGACGGGGAGGGGAUACUGGAGUGGAGAUCUUUAUGUCCUGACCCUGACCCUUAUCCUAAUAACUAAGGCGGAGUCGAGUCGACCCGAACAGGAACCUCCGAAACCCUGACCAAAUCGCGAGGCAAAGCCGCGUCGGCGGCGGAUGGCGCCGUCCUUGGUCGUCUCGGCGAGGCAUGCCCACGCUGUGCCCCACCGGAGAGGUCGCAGGCAGCGUGUGGUCGUCGCCAGUUCCGGUGGCGCCGGUCCGCCGCCGAAGCUGGUGACCUUCCUCGGGAAGGGCGGCUCCGGCAAGACUACCGCGGCCACCAUCGCCGCUCAGGUGGCAAAUUUGCUCCGUGACUCUAUCCCUUGAUCGUAUUUGUCAUUAUUUUGAUGACAAAUCUUAGUUUUGGUGUGAACUCGCUGCCGCGUCGAGGACUUCGACUGGAAAUCUGCAAUGUUGCUCUGGGGAACAGCAAUGAUGCUGUGGUAUUAUGCAAGUGAAGGCUUCAAGACAUGCCUGGUUGUUCAGUCCCAAGAUCCUACUGCGGAGCACUUGAUGGGCAGUAAAAUUGGGAAUUCUCUGACCGAGUGUGUGGCCAAUCUCUCGGCCAUAAAGCUGGAGACUGGUAAGUUGCUGCUUGAACCCCUAGACCGACUGAAGAAGGUAGACGCCCAGGUCAAUUUUACUCAAGGAAUCCUUGAAGGGAUUGUAGGAGAGGAGCUUGGAGUUUUACCUGGAAUGGAUUCGAUCUGUUUAGUCUUAGCUCUUCAGAAGCUCCUUAAUUUCUUUUCAUCUGGAAGGAGUAAUUCACAAUCAGAAUUUGAUGUGAUCGUGUAUGAUUGCAACAAUACAGAGGAAAUUCUACGGCUGAUAGGUGCUGCUGACCGGGCAAGAUCUUACUUGAGGUAUGUGAGGGACCUUGCUGAGAAGACUGACAUCGGAAGACUUGCUUCUCCUUCAUUACUGAAACUAAUAUAUGAUUCUGCAAGGCCAAAUGGCAAAAUUAGUGAGGGGAGACUUAGUACAGAGAUAUGGAAUGAAAUUGAACAACUACUUGAGAAAAUCUCAGUAUGGUUUGCCGAUCCUUCAAAACUUGCAUGCUUCCUUAUCAUGGAUCCUAGGACAUCAAUCUCUGUAUCCUCUGCAUUGCGGUAUUGGGGUUGUACCACUCAAGCUGGCGGUCAAAUAUGUGGGGCAUUUGGAUACACUGAAGACCCUUCUGAAAUGCACCGAGAAGUUGCUCAAAAGUUCGUGCCGUUGUCUUUGUCUUUUCUGCCAUUUCUCCCGAAUGAUUCUUCCGUGGAUUGGAGCAGAGCACUAAGCUCAUUGAGCCAAAAUACAAAGGAACAGCUGAGGAAUGCGUCCACCUGGGUGUACCCUUCAGUCAGUUUUGAUUCUGUUCAGAAAUCUGUAACCCUCUUCAUGCCAGGCUUUGAUAAGUCUGAAAUCAAGCUAUAUCAAUAUAGAGGUGGAUCAGAACUGUUGAUCGAAGCUGGAGAUCAGAGGCGCGUCAUAAAAUUGCCACUUACGAUGCAGGGAAAGGUCCAAGGUGCCAAAUUCGUUGACAGGAACCUCGUUGUUAGCAUCCGGUAGCAGAAUCGCUGGCGCCGGCUGCCGGCUGGGAUUGGAGCACCCCACUUCAGAUUGGCAGUUUACUGCCGACUAAUGAGCAGGACCAUCGGGAUUGCAUGUCUGUUUCUGUUCGUAGCCUGAAUUUUGUGGUGCUGUUCGUUUCAACUUUCAACCAGAGUGAAGCUGCAUAGUCCUACUAUUUUUGAAGGGGUUCGCGAUACUCGAGUAAAUAGUAAACUGGCAGUUUUUUGCACUGCUUUUGUGAUCAGGAAAGAACGGUGUUCUAGGGGAUUCUCUUUCCAAAAAAAAAAUGUUCCCCUCCCCCACUUUAUUAUCAGCAAAGCGUUUAACAAGACUGAAGAGUUCCAAGCUUA